AUGCAUGCUAGCUCUUUACCAAAUCCUCCGAUCCUUUCACAAUUUCAAUAUUAUAGCAAACAACCAAUAGAUAAUAAUUUUCUUCAUGUACCCUCAAUAGUAACUUCUCCUUCCACUCAUCAUACAAUCUCUGCUCCUGUUACUCCAACUAACAGUGUUCCUCCUCCGCCACCCUCACUUUUGUCAAAUCAACCUCCUAGAAGAGGGAAUUGUAAAUUUGGCAAUAAAUGUGCUCUGUCUCACAAUCAACCAUUAAAAACUUCUACCAAACAAAUUAACAAUAACCCUAAUAAUAAUGGUAAAAAUAUUAAUGGAUUAAGAAUUAAUAAUAUUCCUGAGAUUAUUAGAUCACCUGUAUCUCAAGGUUACGGUAAUAAUAAUCAACAAGAAUUAAACGAUUUUUCAUCAUCCAAUUCACCUGGAAUGGUUCCGUUCUCUCGUAUGCCAUUAAGUCCAACUGAAUAUCAAAAUAGUCAUAGAUCUCAUAGCCAAUUAACCGCAUCUUUGAAUCCAUCUUCUGCCCCUCCAUUGUACUCGGAUGAUAACUACUCACCUUCCUCUAGAUCAUUAAGGACCACUUCACCAACAUUUAUUGGCUUUAACAGUGGUAAUGGCAAUGACAAUAACCAUUUAAGUGCUCCGAUUAAUAUUAAUUUUCAACAACGUAGAUCUUUGCCUGAUAUUUCGCAACCAAGUCAUCUAGAUCCAUUUAGCACCUCACCCUACCAAUCUAAUGUUAGAACAAAAGGAUCCUUUUUACCCUUCUCCUCUUACUCUGAAAGUGGCAUACUUUCGCCAACUUCUUCUUCUUUCCAACAACUUCACAGUAUUCCAGAAGAUCAAUCGUCACCAUUAAUUGAUGAUGUUGAUUACGAAGAAUUCAUCCCUUCCUCGCUAAACGAUUUACUAACCCCAGAUGAACGUAAACGAAGACGUAGUAGACAGGAAGAAACUUUGGAAAUAAUUAGUUCUAGAAGAUUGUUCUCGAAUUCUUCUUCUUUACAUCCUUCUGACGUUCAAUAUGCUUACAACUCUCAUCACGCAGUGGACCCAUCACAUAUUCAUCAUUCAACUGUACGUUCUUUACCAUACGGCUUUGUUGAUGGUCCAGCUUCUUCUAAUUAUUCUUCUGCUUCGAUAACUCAUGAUGAUAUUCAACCUAUUAGUAAUCUUAACAGUGCUAAUAAUACCAAUAAUAACAGAGUUCGUUCAUUUACGCCUGAUCCAUUUAGUCCUUUUGCACAAGAUGAAGAACCUUUCUUUUCCAUGGAAUUCACUCCUUAUAACAUAUUUGCAAGAAUAGUCAGUAAUCAAAUUAUUCAACCUAUUUCAAUGAUAAAAACUAAAAAACAUUCAAAUAUUUUCAGAGGAUUAACUUAUAUCAAAUAUCCUGGAAAUUAUUUAAUCAAUGUUGAUCUGGAAAUCGAUUAUUUUAAAAAUUAUAAUAUUUCCCUUCAAUCUGAAAAUAGGUUAAUAGUCACAUUGAAGAAUAGAUCUUUUCUUCCAAAUAAUACUUUACCAUCUUGUAAUGCUAAUUCUGAUUUUUCUGGAAUUUGGAUGUUUGAAGAAUAUUAUAAUUCCUUUCAUCCAUAUGCUCAUUACGAAUCAAUGAUGGAGGUUGAUGAUGAUAUUCUAUAUGUUCCCACAAAAUGUAAAAUGAAAUAUGUCUCUCCAUUGGAACAAUUAAUCUGUAUGAGAAAUCAUACAAUUCAUGCAUAUGGCGAUGAAAUACUUUGGAGUAAUUUAUAUGGCACAUCAGUAGGCCAUGCUGGUGAGCGGUGGUGUAGUGUGGCGAGAUACCAUAAACUACCUGUGUGUGACUGCAAAGUUCCACCGUUUACACUUUUACCAAGAUUACCCUUUGCACAUCUUAAAUCAACAGCAUUUGAUGGUUCAAUCUAUUUUCAACCAAUGAAAAUAAUACAAAAUUUGGAAUGGUUAAGUUUAUCAUCAAAAAACUUCAUGAAAGAUCAAAUACCUAAAGAAAACGUUGUAUUGGUUUCUGUGUCAAAUGAUAUACCAGCAGACUAUUCAAUAUCCAGAUUUGAACAGGUGUUGACUCUAUUUUUCAAUAAGCUUCGUAAAAUUUAUCCUGUUUCCCUCAUAAUAAUUCGUACCCCUGAACCUUACACACUCACACCACACCCCAAAACCACUACAAGGACUCUUAUUCAACAAGUCAGAAAUGUCACAAUCACUCUAGCAAAAAAUAUUGGUGCUCAUAUAUGGGAUGCUGGUAUUAUUGAUGGAAGAGAAUGGAGAACAGGUCCGGAAUGUCAUAAAAACAAAUCAUCUUUUAGAACUGAUGCAGCAGGGCUGCAGUUACAAAUUUUAUUUAAUAUUUAUUGUAAAACUAUCUUAGACUAA